AUGAAGAUAUGGAUAGCGCUGCGCUUGAAUGGGCUAGAGGGCUUCCGUUACCACCUGAACAAUGCUGUGGAGAUGUGCGCUUACUUCGAAUCACUAGUUGCCACGCAUCCUUUGCUGAGGAUCUUUUCCCGAAAACUUGCGAUUUUUACGUUUUUCUACGAAGAGCCAGGUUGUACGAGAGAGGACAACAAUACUUACACUGAAAAUCUCUGCCAAUUUAUUAAUCAAUCUCACAAACUCUAUGUCACUCACACUAAGGUAUGGAUUCUUGGCAGGGGAUUUUAA